AAACCUUAACUGUAGUACUGUUAAAUAAAGUUUAUUUAAAUAAUUAUUUUAAUGUGCUAUCGUAAUCAUGAAGGUACUCUGUGUUAUCUGUGCAUUGCUGUAUUUGAACUGCGCUUUAAACAGGACGAGCAGAUUUAUCGGUUGGUGGGGUGUUGGCAUUGUACGGUUUGAGAAUGCAGUGUGUACGGCCGCAAAUGGCCUUUUGGGCAUCUGCUACACACGACGGCAAUGUACAGCAAUCGGAGGAUACACAUCUGGCAAAUGUGCACGAAACGUUGGUGUUUGCUGUGUCGUUCAAAGAUCAUGUGGAGCGUUAUCUUCCAAUAACAACACAUAUUUCCAAAACCCUUCCUUCCCCAAUGUCUUUUUAGGUGCAAAUACCUGUUCGCUUACAGUCCAAAGGUGUAGUGCAGACGUGUGUCAAAUUAGAAUUGAUUUCUUAAGCUUCUCGUUAGCGCAACCGAACGGAGAUGGCAUUUGUGCAAAUGAUGCCUUGAUAAUCUCGGGCGCGGCUGCGAAUAUUGGUCGAAUUUGUGGAGAAAAUACGGGGCAGCAUAUUUACUUGGACUUUAAUAACGAAAAUAAUAUCGACAUUAACAUCUUCACAUCAAGUGCCAUUUCGAUAGGACGCCAGUGGAAUUUACGAAUUGCACAGAUUGGAUGCGAUAGUCCCACUCGAGCUAUGCCUGGAUGUCUGAUGUAUUACGGAGGUACGUCGGGAACAGUGCGCAGUUUUAACUACGGCCAAUCUGUUAACACAUUUCCGCCUCCGAGUAAUCCGCAGGCAGUCGGAGGAAGACAAUUGGCCAAUAUGAAUUAUGGUAUUUGCAUUCGAGCGGCACCAGGAAUGUGUUCAAUACAGUGGAGCGCAACUUCGGGAGACCCCUUCGCUUUUACAGUCUCGCAGGAUGCACAAGCACAAGUGACUUUAACUGGUACCGAUUGUGCGACAGAUUAUAUCAUAAUACCAAAUGGUGUAACUACUGCGGGUAAUGGGGAACAGCUACUGGCCGACAGAUAUUGCGGAUCAUUAUUUCGGACUGUUACAACUUCCUCCGUGCCUUUUGUACUGAUUGCCGUUACAAAUGGAAACGAAACACAAGACUCUGCGAAUCGGGGAUUUUCAUUAUCAUACGCACAGCAACAAUGCACAAAUACUUUAUUGUAAUAAGUUUAUAAUUCAAACAAAUUGACUGCCUUGGU